AUGGCGCCAGCAGACUCAGCACGGAUACAGGAGGCAAAGAAGCUCGUCAAGACGAAUCCACGAGAGGCCGAAGCGCAGUACAAGGAGAUCAUCUCGAAGCCUCCCUCCGUAACCUCAGACGCUGCGGUACGAGAAUAUGAGACUGCGCUGGUCAGUUUAGGGGAGCUAUAUCGGGAUCAAAAGAAGCCGGAUGAACUGGUAGAUCUGAUUACGAAGAGUCGGACAGUGUUGUCUUCGUUCGCAAAGGCAAAGACAGCAAAGCUUGUUCGACAGCUCCUCGAUCUCUUCAAUGGCAUCCCCGACUCCACCGAGACCCAGAUUACUGUUACCAAGUCCUGCAUCGAAUGGGCUACCUCCGAACGACGAGGCUUUCUCCGCCAGAACCUUGAAACCCGCCUCGUCGCCCUUUACAUGAACAAAGCCUCCUACUACGACGCCCUAACCCUCAUCAACGGCCUGCUCAAAGAACUCAAGCGCCUCGACGACAAGCUCGUCCUAGUCGAAGUUCAGCUUCUCGAAUCGCGAGUCUAUCAUGCCCUCGGAAACGUAGCCAAAGGCCGCGCAGCCCUCACCAGCGCCAGGACAUCCGCCGCCUCAGUUUAUACGCCUCCUCUUUUACAAGCAGGUCUGGAUAUGCAAUCCGGCAAGCUACACGCCGAGGACAAGGACUUCAACACCGCAUUCUCAUACUUCAUCGAAGCGCUUGACGGCUACCACACUCAAGACGAGCCCGAGAAAGCCACUGCCGCGCUCCAAUACAUGCUGUUGUGCAAAAUUAUGCUGAACCUAGCCGACGAUGUAAACCAGCUGAUGACCAGUAAGCAGGCCGUCAAGUACGCAGGCAAGAAUCUAGAAGCCAUGAAGGCCGUGGCGCGCGCGCACUCGAACCGAUCGCUCGAGGAGUACGAGAAGGCCCUCGGCGACUACAGACACGAGCUCGGCAGCGACGCCUUCAUCCGCAACCACCUCCGCCGCCUGUACGAUGCCAUGCUCGAGCAGAAUCUCAUCAAAGUGAUCGAGCCCUUCUCCCGCGUGGAGAUUGACCACAUUGCGAAGAUGGUAGGACUGGAUACGCAGCAGGUGGAGCGCAAGCUGAGCCAGAUGAUCCUUGACAAGGUGAUCAUUGGCGUUCUGGACCAGGGAGCCGGGUGUCUAAUUAUUUUCGAUGAGACGGAGAGAGACGAAGGGUACGAUAGUGCGCUGGCGACGAUUGAGAAGCUGAGUAGUGUGGUGGAUGUGCUGUAUACCAACCAGGCGUCUAUGCUCGAGUAA